AUGAGCCGCUUCUGGGCGGACCUGGUCGGGGCGCCGGCCAAGAAAACGGACCCCGGUGGCCUGGCGCCAUCGUCUCCGUCGCCGCCACCGCCCCGGCAUGCGGACGUCCUGGCCGUCGCGGCCGGGACCGAGCUCCACCCGGGCCGCGGCCCGGCCGGCCUGCCGGCUACACGACGCUCUUCCGAUCUUGCGGACGUCCUGGCCGUCGCGGCCGGGACCGAGCUCCACCCGGGCCGCGGCCCGGCCGGCCUGCCGGGUGCCGCCCGACGCCGCGCCCUGAGCCCGGUCAUGGAGGCGCCACUUCAUCCGACGCCCACCGCCUGGAGUUUGGACGGGCGGUGCGAGCACUUUUCCGUGGCCGACGAUCUGGAGCCCAUGCUGGCAAGCCUGUCAUCCACCGGGCCGGCUGGGCCGCAGCUCCUGCCGGCCAUCGCCGAGGGCCCGGGCCCCAUCCAAACGUGGCCGCCCCGUUCGCGCGCGGUGCCGGUGCACUAUUCCCACCAUGCGAUAAAUGUCCUGCGAAUCCAGCACCAGAAGCGCCUGCAACCGGCCGCCCUGGCCGAGGGCCUGGCGCGCGCCUUGACCAUGGGCGUGCUGGCCCUAUCGCCGCGGGAGUUGGCCGCGCCCGGGGACCGCCUGCCGCGCAUCCUCAGCCUCGAGGGGCUGAGCGACAGCGAGCACCCGGGCCUGGCGCGCGCCUUGACCAUGGGCGUGCUGGCCCUAUCGCCGCGGGAGUUGGCCGCGCCCGGGGACCGCCUGCCGCGCAUCCUCAGCCUCGAGGGGCUGAGCGACAGCGAGCACCCGGUGGAUUGCGGCUCGGUGCUGGAGGUGGUAGCCGAUGCGGUCGCCCGGGCGCCGUGGCAGCCCAGGCGCCCGGAGCCCGGGGCCGCGCCGGUCCGACUGGACUGCGUCAUGGUCCGGCGGUGCACCUUCGACCGGGACCGGGCGCAGGCCCUGGCCGGGCUGAUCGGCGAGCUGGCGUGCGGCAUGGACUUGUCCUCGGAAAAUGGCGCCGGCUGCCUGCGUGUGCUGGACAUCCGCGAGUGCGACCUCCACCGGCCGGCGCUGAUGAUGGCCGGGCUGAGCCAGGUUGUUUGCCAUCCGGCCAGCUGGCUGGCGGUGCUGGCCCUGGAGGGCUGCCAGCUUGGCAAUGAGGGGGCCAUUGCCCUGGCUCGGGGGAUGGCGGCCAGCGCCCGGGCCCCGGGGGACCGGUGGCCGGCCGACGACCCGCCCGCCGGCCCGGCCACCGGCCUGCGCGUCCUCCGCCUGGGGGACAAUGGGAUUGGCGACGCCGGGGCCGUGGCCCUGGCCUCGACGCUGGCCUCGCACGGCCUGCCCCUCCGGCAGCUGGCCCUGGAGCGCAACCACAUCGGGGAAACCGGCGCGGCGGCCAUCUCCGUCCUGCUGGCGGCCCAGUCGCCGGAGGUGGCCCAGGCGCUGGGCCUGCCCCAGUGUACGCGCCUGGCUAUCCUCGAUCUGUCAGGCAACCCCCUGGGCAACCGCGGCCUCCGGCACCUCUUGUGGGCCAUGGGCCUGCCUGGGUCGGAUGUGCGCAUGGCCCGCUUCGCGUCCACCGGUGCCCAGGUGCCCGGGCGGCUGGUGGGCGAUCUCCUCCGGCAGGGGGCGCCCGCCGUGGGCCAGGCCGGGCCCGAGGUGGCCGGCGGUCCCGCCUGCGACGAGUCCUGUGCCAUGGCGAUCGAGCGGCGGGCAGCGGCAGCGGCGGCGGCGGCCGCCGCCGAGGAGGCCGGCCGGCCAACCGCCGGGCCCGUGGUGUCGCCGGUCAGCCCGGUGGCCCUGGCCGGACCCCCGGCCCCGCCAGCCAGCCUGGCCAUGCAUCUGCUCAUCCCCGAGGCCGGGCCCGGUCGGAGGCACUUCCCCGUGUCACCGGGGCUCCUGGCCCCGGAGUAUGAGUCCCUGCUGUCGCCCUUGCAGCGCAUGGCCGACGUGAUGAUGCCAGCCAGGAUGCGAGUCGAUGCGGCCGGCCCCGCCGGCCGGCCGGCCCGGGCCGAGAGCCCCGAGCAGGAGACCGACAACCCCUUUGCCGACUCGGUCGACUCGUCGGAAUGGCUGGAGAACACCCUCUGGGGCAUUCCCUUCACCCCGACACGGGCGCUGCUCCCGCCGCAGGGGCUGUCCCCCUCGCCCGGGGGCUGGGGACCCACCGACGCCGGGGAUGGGACUGGGGGCGGCGGCGGCGGCGGCGGCGGCGGCGGCGGCAGCAGUAGCGCCCCGGUGACCCCGGGCCCUGGCGGACCCCAAGGCACCUCGGACAUGGCCCCCUGGUCGCCGGGUGCCCCGGGGCUGGGCCGGCAUUUCCUCCUGGCCAGUCCUCGGCGCCCGGUCAUCCGGUCCAUUCGUUUGCCUCCACUUCACGACCCGGAGCCCGAGCCGGAGGACCCGCUGGAGGACGCUUUGGCCACCGGGGGCAAUCCGCUGACGCCGGCCACGCCGGCCACGCCGGCCGCCCCGGCGGACCCGGCCGACCCCGGCGCCGGGGCAAACGCACGCCCCUGCCCGGCCGCCGUCACGCGCAAGCUCCGCGCCCUGGUGGCCCGGUCGUAUGUCGACUGGCUGCCCCUGCCGGCGGCAUCCGGCGACCCGGCCGAGGCGGACCCCGGGCCCGGGAAGAGUCCCGCCAGGAUCCCGUCCGCCGCGCCGGGUCCCGGGCCGGCGUACGACCCGCCAACGAUGGUCGCCCGGCAGCCGGGGACCAUGAGGCCCGAUGCCCAUGAACAGUGCAUCUAUUGCGACCCGGCCAUCCACCCCGGCCUGGCGGCCCUCUACAGCAUGGCCGACGUGGCGGAGCAGCAAAUUGAGAGCUACCUUGCACAGGCCCCCCUGGCCCACCGGAGCAAGAGCCUUUGCCACUGCCGGACGCCGGACAUCACCACCGGCUCACGCUUGGAGCUACUGGACCUCUCGGGUUCCUCUUUGACGGACUUCAAGGACCUGGCCAAUGGCCUUCGCGUGAACAGGACCCUGCGCACGCUGAUUCUAGGUGACACCCGCCUGCGAGACUUUCAUGCCAUCCUACUCGCGGACGCUCUGCACGAGAACUCCACUCUUGAGACACUGGAUCUCCGCCAGAAUCGCCAAAUCGCCCGUCAGGGAAUCGCGUCGCUGGCCGCGGUCCUGGAAAAGCAAAACUUUUCCCUCUUUCGCCUGGAGCUCAGCUCGUCGUGUCUGCUCUAG